UGAAAAUGGAAAUAACUGUAUUAUGAUAGGAAAUUCAAAUUAUGGAUUCCUAUUUGAAAUCCAAAUAUUGAUCUAGGGGAUGUGUAGAUUUGCCCCAACAAACUUUAUUGAGGUAAAGUGUGUUGUGAACUAACAUUUUGGGCGUGGGGCCUAGCAGUCGAUGAAGCUUAAAUGAAGACCAUGAGAGGCUAGGGUCCGAAUCCCAGCAAAAGAAAAAAGUUACGUAAUUUCUUCUAAUAUGCCUAUGACUUGGUGGGCAGAGUUACCCAAUACUUGUCCUUGUCUGGUGGAGGGAUGCAUGUACUCAAUGAAAUGGUCGAGCAAAAGCGAAUAUGUAAGAUGCUUGCAUUUUUCUCGGGAAGAUUCUCUUUAUGUUGCCACAAACAAUGGAUAUGUGUACCAUGCUAAACUAUAUGAUACUGAGGAUGUGAAAUGGACUGAGCUUCUCCAUAUUGAGGAGGAAGGACCAAUUGUUUGCAUGGAUUUGUUGUCACACUGUUCUGAUGUUACUGAAGACAUUGAAAAUUGGGUUGCUGUUGGCAAUGGUAAAGGCACUAUGGUGAUUGCCAGAGUUGUUGAUAAUGUCUUGAAUCCUCGAGUUGAACUCAUGUCUACAUGGUCAGCUGAACCAGAGAGGCAACUACUUGGGACUUAUUGGUGCAAAUCUUUGGGACCCAAGUAAGUUAUGAUGAUGCCAGAAGUCAUAAUGAUUCGAU